AUCUCUAAAAGCCGGCAAGCAAUCAGUAAAAAAAAAUCAAGUUAAGGAAACUUUAAAUAAAAGCCAAAACGCUGCAUUUUCCUGAAUUUUUAAAAUAUUCAUGCGGUUGUUGCUCUUCACUUGCACUCAACCCUUACGAAAUCUUCUCGCCCGUAAUUUUAGUAGCCGCGUUGGAAAGAUGGCAACAGACCUGAAAUUCAACGCUUCGCUGGGGACCAGCGAUCCCCAGACCCAUCCCGUACUGAUUAUCGGCCAAUUGCGCCAUCUGAAUCUCGUCAAGUUCGCCGAUUUGGCAAGCAAACUGUGUCCUAGAGUGAACGAAGAAACAUUCCAGAAUGCAGUCGCCUGUUUACAUCCGGCACCGACUGAUAAGGUUUCUCUCUACCUGGAUUCGGCCACUAUAGCUGCGCUUCCUUUGAAGGCUUCCCGUCAUAAUACGGCCUCAAGAGCUCAUGCCAUUACCCGUCUGGUGAAGACUCACGUGAUGAACGUACCGGAGGAGACCGUGGUGCUAGUUUGCGAGCGGGACAACCUUUUUGCCAGCGCUUGUGCGGUGGUUCGUGCUUUCCCGCUAUACUCUCGCAAAACCGGCAAUGGGCUGGCGCCAACUCCGGUUAAAUCCGAGCAAGGUUGUGGCGAUGGAGCUAAUGACACUAGCCGAAAUUUGGUCAACGUGGAGUUUCUGGUGAUCGACAAGGAAGGCGGCGUGGAAAGUUGUCCACUGUCGGAGGACGAGAUCAAUUGCCUCAAUGAGACCACCAGGGCCAUAAGGCUAACCGCUCGCAUCGUCGACAUGCCCUGCAACGAGAUGAACGUUGACCACUUUAUCCAGACUGUCGAGGAGAUCGGAGAAGAGCUCUGCAUUAAGCCAGAGGUUAUCCGUGGCGAGGAGCUAAGGGAACGUGGGUUCGGAGGAAUUUACGGCGUGGGUAAGGCUGCUGCGGUGCCACCAGCACUGGUGGUACUUUCCCAUCUCCCGAAAGGUGCCCAGGAGACCAUUGCAUUGGUGGGCAAGGGCAUUGUUUACGAUACCGGCGGCCUGAGCAUCAAGGGCAAGACCGCCAUGCCGGGCAUGAAGCGGGAUUGCGGUGGAGCCGCUGCUAUUUUAGGGGCCUUCUAUGCCGCCGUGAAGUGCGGAUUCAAGGAUAAUCUGCACGCUGUCUUCUGCAUGGCUGAGAAUUCUGUAGGGCCCAAUGCCACAAGACCUGAUGAUAUUCAUACUUUGUACUCUGGACGCACAGUGGAGAUCAACAACACGGAUGCCGAGGGCCGUCUGGUGCUGGCCGAUGGCGUAGUCUUUGCUAAUAGGGAUCUAAAGGCCAACAUUAUUUUGGAUAUGGCUACAUUAACUGGUGCUCAGGGCGUAGCAACAGGCAAAUAUCACGGCGCCAUAUUGACAAACUCGGAGACAUGGGAGGCAAAGUCGUUGCAGGCUGGACGCAAAUCCGGCGAUUUAUUGGCGCCUAUUAUUUAUUGCCCCGAAUUGCAUUUCUCCGAAUUCGCCUCGGCACUGGCUGAUAUGAAAAACUCCGUUUCGGAUCGACAGAAUGCACAAUCGUCCUGUGCAGGGCUUUUCAUAGCCGCCCAUCUGGGCUUCGACUACCCGGGCGUCUGGAUUCACGUCGACAUGGCCACGCCCGUUCAUUGUGGCGAACGAGCCACUGGCUAUGGAGUGGCAUUGCUGCUAACGCUCUUUGGAAACCACACAAAUUCUAAGCUGCUGCAAUCCAUCGCUCCAUCCCAAGAGGAGCCGCCAACCAAACGGAUGUGCCGCGAUUAAGUGCCCCUCUCCAUGUGCCUUGCCAGUAAUUGUGCAUUUCAAGCAACUAUUGUCUAAACAGCAGCCAGUUUUUGUAGCCAAAAGGCCUUAAAAUUUUAAUUAUUUUAGAAAUACAAGAAGUUUGCAAUGUGUGGUAAU